AAACCCUCAAUCCACCGUGCACUUUAGCACAUACUCUGUUCUGAACCCGAACGUUAAAACCGCCCCUUCUCUCUCUGGCUACCUCAUAUAUAUAUACACACACACACUGUACGUAAACUAAUCCAACACAAAUAUAAAGAAAAAUGGCAAAAUGCUUCGAAAGAUUAACAAUAUGAAACCCCUUCCCAGUUAUUCUUCUCUCAAGUGUUUCUUCACAAAAUCUUGAAACCAAAGUUAAAAAAAUAGGAACUUUUGAGUCAUUUUCUUGUCUGUGUUUGCUUACCGGGGGAGCAAAUUUGGGAUUUUGGGCUUGUGGGUGUGUGUAAUUUGAAUAGUUUGAGACAUUUGAAUAGCAGUGUUUGAUGACGAUGGGACCAGAAAGAUCGAAACCUCUACACAAUUUUACCUUACCUUAUGGGUUGAAGUGGGGAAACCAGAGGCAUUUGAGGUGCUCUAAGGUUGAAUCGAAUGGACAAAGCUCUUCUAUUCAUCGGAGGUCAAAUGGGUCUGAGUCAUCGAUCGGACGGAAGAAGGAGACGGAAAUGGUGGACCGACGUGGAUCAAACGAUCGGUUUACCCGGAAAUUCAGGUCGCCGGGAAAAGAGGAUGAUGGUGAGGGAAUCGGAGCUGUGAGAGAGAAGCUGAUGUUUGAUCUCCUAACAGAAGCUGAUAAGAUGAAAGAAACAAUCUUCAAAGAAGGUAUGGAGAAGCAACCAAAGAAGUCGCCGUUGCCGUCGCCGUCGCCGGCGCCGGCGCUGGAGACAGCGACAACUUUGACAGGAGCUGUAUCUGUUGCCGCUGAUUUAUCUCGUCCAUGGAACUUGAGGACUCGCCGAGCGGCUUGUAAGGAGCCUAAUGGAGUCGUCACCACCGGCGCCGGUACUGUUGCCGGAGGAAAUGGUGGUGGAUCGAAAGGAGGAUCGAAGAUUGAUACUAGCAGAACAAAUGCUCCAGCUGCCGGAGCUUCUUCAGUCGGCGAGAAGAGACAGAAGGUGAGAUUUUCCGUUCCCCUUUCGCGUAGAGAAAUCGAUGAAGAUUUCAUGGCGAUGAUCGGACAUAGACCCCCUCGUCGACCCAAGAAACGAGCUAAAUUGGUUCAAAGAAAUUUAGAUACGCUAUUUCCAGGAUUGUGGUUGACGGAAAUUACUGCUGAUUUAUACAAAGUGCCUGAGGAUCAAUAGAUUGUUCAGCUGCAGAUGGGAAGCUGGAAGUGCAAUUUUCUGACGAAAAGACGAUACAUUUGUGACUGAUCAUCGAGUAGUGUAGUUGGAAAUUUGAUGAAACCAUUGAUUUUGUUCAGGUAAUAGAAAGGGGGUGUAAAGAAAAGGAGAAAGUUUAGUUGCUGUGGGGAUGUUAGUUCUGUUUAAAUGAUUGAAUUUGUUCAGUCUUUUCUUUAUUUAUGUUCAUUGGAAUAAGUUUUUAAUAUAUAGUUUGGGUGCAAUUUUGCACUCUUUUAAGCUGCAAUUUUAGUGUUUUCAAGUGAAUUACUUUUACUA